GAGCCGACAAGCGCAAGAGCAGCGGCUCAGGCAGCCCUCGACUCCGUUCCACUCCGGGCCCGGAUCCAGCCCUCCAGGUUCCCAGCAGCUCGCCUCCCUCUGACGCACUUUAAAGAGUCUCCCCCCUUCCACCUCAAGGCGAGUAAUAGCGACCAAUCAUCAAGCCAUUUACCAGGCUUCAGAGGAAGCUGUUUAUGUGAUCCCCGCACUAAUUAGGCUCAUGAACUAACAAAUCGUUUGCACAACUUGUGAAGAACCGAGUACAUCCAUGGAUUGUCUUUGGACUUAGGGUGCCCUGCCCGCCUUUUGCAGAAGAGAGGAAACUUUUUUUUCUCCCUCGAGAAACUUUUUCCCCCCUUUUCUCUGCUCGCAGCUCUGGGUCCCCCACGCUACCUCGCCAAAAAAAAAAAAAAAAAUACCCCUCCCCACCCCAGCCUGCAAACUCUUCUGGAAGGAUUUUUUUUUCUUCUCUCAUCUUUGAGUGCGUUCUGGUUCAAGAUUCUCGGGCUCCUUCCAGUUGCUUUGGCUCUCCUCUCCCUCCCCCUCCCCCCUUUUCUUUUCUUUCGACAGCACGACAAAAAUAUCAUUUUUUUUCUCCCCGAAACUCGGCGUCGGAGCCAGCGCAUUGCUGACGCUCCGGAGCGGGGGAGCCCCCAGGACUCGCUCGGCGGCGCAGCAUGUUCCAGCCGGCGCCCAAGCGCUGUUUCACCAUCGAGUCGCUGGUGGCCAAGGACAACCCCCUGCCCGCCUCGCGCUCCGAGGACCCCAUCCGCCCGGCGGCUCUCAGCUAUGCCAACUCCAGCCCCAUAAACCCCUUCCUCAAUGGCUUCCACACGGCAGCCGGCAGGGGCGUCUACUCCAACCCGGACUUGGUGUUUGCAGAAGCCGUCUCCCACCCGCCCAAUCCCGCCGUGCCGGUCCACCCGGUGCCGCCGCCGCACGCCCUGGCUGCACACCCCUUGCCCUCCUCGCACUCGCCCCACCCCCUCUUCGCCUCGCAGCAGAGAGACCCAUCCACGUUCUACCCCUGGCUUAUCCACAGGUACCGAUAUCUGGGCCACAGAUUUCAAGGAAAUGAAACGAGCCCAGAAAGCUUCCUUUUGCACAAUGCCCUGGCCCGAAAGCCCAAGCGGAUCCGUACAGCCUUCUCCCCGUCGCAAUUACUGAGACUGGAACAUGCCUUUGAGAAGAAUCACUACGUUGUGGGAGCGGAGAGGAAACAGCUGGCCCACAGCCUCAGCCUCACAGAAACUCAGGUAAAAGUAUGGUUUCAGAACAGAAGAACGAAGUUCAAACGUCAGAAGUUAGAGGAAGAGGGUUCGGAUUCUCAACAGAAGAAAAAAGGGACGCAUCAUAUUAACCGAUGGAGAAUCGCUACCAAACAGGCUAGUCCAGAGGAAAUAGACGUCACAUCAGACGAUUAAAAACAAAAACAAAAACAAAAUCCCGCACAAACAAAAACGAGACAUAACAGAGACAGAAAAAGGAGAAGAACAAAAACAAGCAAGCAAAAUCCAACAAACCACAAACACACAAAGAGAAAGAGAGAAGGUGGCACUUAGAAACUUUCCAGCAGAAAGUGUUAAGGAUCACAACCCAAGGCAGAGUGGAGACUGAGGAGAAGGCUCCUUCAUCAACAUGCAAUUCUCGUCUAAAGAGGCAGGAGAGAGAGAGAAAGAGAGAGAGAGAGAGAGAGAGAGAGAGAGAGAGAGAGAGAGAGAAAGGGGAGAGAGAGAGAGAGAAAGGGGAGAGAGAGAGGUCCAAAAUGUGGCAUGGCCGACCCGGCUGGGACAAGGGGAGCUGUCAAUCAAAAACCAAACCAUGGAGACAAGAUGAUUGACAGGUAUUCCGUUUAUUGCAGUCCACUUUAAAAAUGAUAAUGAUAAUAAUUAUGAUAAAAAAACCAACCAGGCAGAAGACAUUUUUUGCACUUCGAAGUUUUCCACUCUUUAAAAAUAAUGAUAGUGAUAAUAACAAUCGCAGUUCCAGAUCCAGCCCAAACCCCACACCUAUUUCAGAAACUUGAAUUGCAUGUACCAUUUGUUGGGCAAACGGUGUCUAAAGACAGAAAUUGAAUUGUAAUUUUUUUCCUUUUUAAGACAGGUCUGUGUGCUUUUUAAUUUCUAUUUUUACGAGAAAUGUACAGUCUGUAAACAUUUAUUGAUAACUUCUGACGUCAAAGUGAUUGUGACAGCUAAAUGAAGUAGCCGUUCACCAAUAGUGGUCCUCUAAAGAGAAAAAGAGAUGAGAGGGGAG